CCUAAAGACGCCACUGGUCGCAUUAACAUCGGUGCCAUUGAGUUCACACAAUAUGAGGGAGCACAGCGGCAGCCAAACCCCAACUCCAGAUUUUUCAUAUUGGUUUGUUUGAUUGUUUUGCACCCGCAUAAUGUAACAGUAAACAAUCUAUUACAAUCUACGAGAAUGGAAGCCAGAAGCUGGCUUUUAUUUUGACUGCCAGAAUGUGGUGCGGGGAGCAUUGACAAUACGCCGUUCAGCUUUCAAAUGGAAGAUUGGCUUCUCCGACUCAUUUCGGUGGAUAUGUUGUCGUUGUUUUUUUACACUGACCCUUUUUAAUCGCCAUGGAUCUCUAGAUUUGGAUUAUUGCACCUCUUCCGUCUCUUGAACUGUGAAAAGAAGACAGGCUACGCCGAUCGACCAGGACGCAAGAUUCUCUGCCUACCUCGACAUUUUGCUACCAGGGAUUUAAAUAAUCACGUGCUACAACAACGAAAAGAUUUUUUUUUAAAUAAUCAGAAUUGAUGUGGCCCUCUGACCUUUAAUGAAUUCAACCUGGAGGGCAAAAUGAAUAGGGAAAGGCCGAAGAGAAAUAUCAUUCAAAAGAAAUUUGAUGAUAACGAUGGGAUCCCAUGGUCAGAAGAGAGAGUGGUCCGCCGGGUGCUCUACCUCUCCCUUAAAGAGUUUAAGACGGCUCAGAAGAGCAAAUUGGAGAAUGGCACUGGCCUAGUUAAUGGCUCCUUUGCAAAUGGUCAUUUGACUGGUUUGGGAACUAAAGCUGGGCUAUUUGCUGGAAGCUGUAAGUCAGAGAGGACACAACAUGCAGUUCAAAGCAAAGACCACAGCCAUGAAUACUCAAUUGAUGGGCCUGUCAGGAAAAGGCCAAGACUCCAGGCUCAGAGGAAGUUUGCUCAGUCUCAUCCCUGUUCUCCCAAUGCCACCCCGCUGAAAGCGCUGGAGGCCAUGCCCCCGAGCCCAGCCGCACCGCACAACCAUCUCACAAGAUGCAAACCCAAAACUGAAGACUUCCUCACCUUCCUCUGUCUACAAGGCUCUGCUGCAUUGCCCAGCAACAUGGCAUACUUUGGUAGUGCUAAGGAUGAUGAAGAUGUAGACGAGGAAGAUGAUGAGGAAGAAGACAGUGCUAGCAAUGCCCCUGCUUCCUGCCAGUCCACUCCUCGCAAGAGCAAAGGACAUAACAAAUGCAUUGCCAACGGUCAUGUAUUUAACGGCCAGGCGCGAACUGCAGAGGUACACAGAGGCAGUUUGAGAGCCAGAGGGAGAGAACGGGUCCAUGGGAAGGAGAAGAACUCUGUAGCAUCAGUAAGGACAUCCACUACACACAAUCUACGACCCAACAGGGCUGUGCAAGAACAAAAACAACAGCCCUCCAAAAUGAACGGAACAUCGGGAGCCUCCGCUAUCAGUACUAGGAAGACGAGAGAACUCCGUACUCCCCCGACCAAAGCUGUGAAAUACCCCAAGGGCCAUGUGACUUACACCAAAGCCAGACUGCUCAAAGAGGCGAAGCUCAGCCUGAGCGCGCACACACAGACACACACACGCCACACCCACACGCACUCCAACUCAGGAAAAGCCCAAACCAGCCACGCCAAGAUGCAAAAACAGGUGCUAUCACCAGCAAUCGCUGGGAGGCUGUGUGGGACGGACACUUUCCCACCCAGACGAAACGGACUGAGACAGUCAAAGAGGCAGUUGGAGCAGGCCGGGGUUAGUCUGACUGGACCAGAGGUCGAGGUUAAGAGACUCAAACUGCAAGUGGUCCCCUUGGAGACACGGAGUAGGAAAGCAGCUCAGGAGAUGCCGGGAUCAGGAUCGCAGCGGCCCAAACGGGCCAAGGCGGGGAAGCUCAUGUUCACCAAACAAAUGCACUGUAAAGCCACCGUUCUGGCCAAGAACAGCCCCACUACCUCAACACGAGACAUUUCGAAACCAGCCAACUCCCCCAAACUAUCAGAGACCACCAAAACAAGCAAUGCUCUAAAACAAGGCAAUCCUUCUAAUACGACUGAGUCCCUCAACUCAGCUGAGCCUAAAGAGCGAGGCCGGCGCAGUGCGGAGGGAACGGAGGUUCCCGUUUUCUAUCCCGGCACACGCGAGUUCCACGACCCGCUAGCUUACAUGGAGUGUGUGCGGGCACAAGCGGAGGCGAUCGGGGUGUACCGGGUUGUUCCACCAGCGGGCUGGCAUCCCGAGUGUAAGCUCAAAGAGGAGAUGCGCUUCGUCUCGUACGUGCAGCAUGUGCACAAGCUGGGCAGACGCUGGGGCCCGAAUGUACAGCGGUUGGCCUGCAUCAGGAAACACCUGCGGACACAAGGCAUUAACAUGGAAGAGCCUCCACUUAUAGGUGGCUGCGAGCUGGACCUGGCCAGAUUCUUCCAGAUCCUAAAUGAGAUGGGGGGCAUGCAGCAGGUGACAGACCUGAAGACAUGGGGGCGGCUCGCCGAUCUGCUGGGCAUCCCGCGCUCGGCCCAAGACCGGCUGGCCAAACUUCAGGAAGCGUACUGCCAGUACCUGCUCUCCUACGACUCCCUGUCACCAGCCCAGAGGGCCCAGUUGGAGAAGGAAGUGAUUGCAGAAAAGGAGAGCCUGGAGAGGAGAAGUGGGCCUCUAGAAGGCCAUGGAGACUCAUCCCAGCAUGCCGCUCUUCUGCUUCCACGCUGCGAGCCCAAAAACGGUCUUGUGAACGGAGCGUUGCACCGGAGCGGAGUGCGCGAGCACCUCAGAGAGCUGGACCCCACGACGAAAACCACCCGGCAGAGAAGACUAGAUAAGAGAGGGGAGGAAGAAGGGAUGUUAAGUGAACUAUACAAGUGCAUAUACAGGGGGAAAUCGUUCUCUUUGACUACGUUCUACAGGGCGGCCAGGAAUACUAUGAACAUGUGCUUCAGCAAAGAGCCAGACACUGCUGAGGUUGAGAAGGAGUACUGGAGAUUGGUUGAGGAAAAGGAAUGCCAUGUUGCUGUGCACUGUGGGAGAGUUGACACUAAGACUCAUGGGAGUGGAUUUCCUGUGGGCAAGUCUGAGCCAUUUUCAAAGCAUGGAUGGAAUCUUACUGUCCUUUCCAAUAACUCAGGAUCUAUUUUACGUCAUCUUGGUGCUGUGCCAGGAGUGACCAUCCCCUGGCUGAACAUAGGCAUGGUCUUUUCUACCUCGUGCUGGUGUCAGGACCAGAACAGCCUUCCGUAUAUCGAUUACCUACACACUGGUGCUGACUGCAUUUGGUACUGUAUUCCAGCUGAAGAGAAAUCAAAACUUGAUAAAGUAGUACACACACUGCUACAAGCUAACGGCACUCCAGGGCUGGAGAUGCUAGAGAGGAAUAUUAUGAUUUCUCCAGAGGUGCUCCGUCGAAAGGGGGUGAAAGUGUACCGGACAGUGCAACAGAGUGGUCAGUUCAUGGUAUGUUUCCCAGGGACCUUUGUGUCUAAGGUGUGUUGUGGCUACAGUGUCUCAGAGACUGUGCACUUCGCCAACCCCCAGUGGAUGAAACUGGGCUACGAGGCAGCUAAGGACCUUAAACGGCGUCGUAUAGAGGAGCCUUUCUCCACAGAGAAACUGCUCUACCAGAUCACUAUAUCCGAGCGGGACAACAAGCUGCUCAUGAAUGCAGUCUCCAGUCUCAUCAAAGAUCUCAGGUCUGUCUGAAACACAUCCUACAGUCUGGUUUUGUACUUAUUGAGUUCAACUGGCAGAAACCCGGCCAAAAUCGAAUUCUUUUCUUUGAUGACCAUUGUUUUUGUAAUUGCGUGUUGGUUGAGGUUGGUUGAGUUGAGUAAAAGAGGUUUUAGAGGUUCAUCGAUAUU